CUAUUAUACAAUCUUCCAUCGAUAAGUUGUAUCAUUGUUGCUUGAGAUACAUAUAUUCAGUCGUAUUGCUUUGAGAAAGUGUACAAACCCAGCGCCUCAGGAUGAGCGAUAUACCCAUUGUGCACGAGGGCUGCCAAAAGGUGGAGGUCAAAACCCAGUUGCACGUGCUUCUUUCGAAGCAAAUACUAAGUCAACUGUUCCCCAACACUAAUUUCUUGAAAAAUCUGCGCUCCCUCACCAUCGGGAACAUAUCCCAAGCAGUUCUGGAGGAGAUCUUUGCGAACUGUGGACAGCUGCAGAGCUUAAUGCUGUGGGAUAGGCUGGGUCCCGGCAUCCUUUACGAUAUUCGGAAUAUAGGCCUUUGCAGGUCGUUGAAGGUGCUUAUGCUGCCACUAGAAAUUGCGACACCGCUGGCCGUCUGCCGCCUGGUGGACCUGACCCAUCUCACUCUUCAGCGCCAGAACGUCUGGCCGGGAAUCGACUGGCUGUGCACUGUGAUAGCCAUCAUACAGGCCAGAAGGUUCGACCUUCAGGAACUCAGCUUCAAUGGAUCCUGGCUGGUGGCUCCCCUGGACCUCUCUCGGCUGAAUCUUGCCAAUUGUACUGCUCUAACGGACCUGAAAUUAAGCAACUGCAGGCUGAGCGAGCUUAGUGGCCCGCCACUGCCCUUGACCUGCCAGAGGAUCAGCUUCCGGCGAUGCUCUGUGGUCAAGCUGCACAGCUACACAAGGACCCAUGCGCUGUUGCAGAAUCUGGAGGUGUUCGACUGCCAGGUGCUAUCGGAAGCGCCCCUGCUGCGGCGCAUCCUGAGCCUGAGGAAGCGCCUGACCGACCACGCACCUCUGCUGUUGACCUUUAGCCAGUCCCCCAAGCUGCGAUCGGAGUACUCUGAGUGGACCCAGGAAGAAGUAAAUGAAUUCAGCCGGUGGCUGAAAGUGAAGGAACUGGAGCCCCAGCAGGCGGAUACAUGGAACCAGCCACUCGAAACGGUUUCCAUGAACUUUUCCAGCUCCAUCAACUUUUUGCCCAACCUCUCACUCCCGGAGGAUAGUAUUCCGAACGCCGCUGAUAUUGUCCGGAGGUUGGAUCCUUUGGAAGGAGAUUGA